CUUAUUCUACCAUGUCAGAUGCUCUUUGGCGGUUGGCCGCUUCACUUGCCAGUGUGACUCCAGGCCGACUCUCCAGGCCGAGUGUGUGUGUGUGUAGUGGUUGUGCUAGCAGAGUGUUGCAGAAACUGAAAGGGCAGCGGCUAAAUUGAACCGAAGUGAACAGACCGAAUAAAAAAUUUUAAACGAGCUGAAACCACACCGGGACUUAAAUUUCUAUUUCCACGCGACAGCCGCAGCUGAGUAAAAUAGCACAGUACGGGAUUUUGGGCCCUCUUCUUCGUUCACAUACAUGCGUACCUGGGCAGAGAGAUUCAGAUUAACCGCCACCUCCCCCCGCCAACGUUGUUGCUGUCGUUCCGCCGCCGCUCUCACGUAAUCCGCCCCCGCACCGCCCACCGCCCCACAAACUGAUAGACCGAAAAUCGAUUAGCGGCCGCUCUAGUGUGUGUGCACGCUGCGUUGCGUUACGUUACGGUUACCGUUACGUCGGCUCGUGUGCGUGGCCGUGAGUGUGUGUGCGUGUGCAAGGUGUGGUGUGUAUAGAAAUCGAUUCGCCGCGUGUGCCGUUACGCGAUUUUCAACAGCAGCCGCCGCAGAAAUAUUGCUUUUAUUUUUUUGCCUGUGAGUCCUCCAAAGUGAGUGUGACCGCGAGAGAAAAGGAGAGAUAGAGAGAGAGAGAGACAAAACGGGCUCUCCCCAAAUAAAAUAAAGAAACACAAAAAAAAGAAGAAAACACCGGACAUGGAUAAAUCAGCGGCCACGAACUCGGCCACUGCCGAUGGCCAAAACGAGGCAGCAACAGCAGCUGGGUGUGGCAGCAGCAGCAGCAACACCACCAGCAACAACAACGCGCUGCAGCGCCUGGCAACAACAACAACAAGUGCCGUUGCGGCUUCCCCGAUGAUGAUCAACCUGAAUAUCAGCACCACGACCGGCGGCAAUUUCGGCGUCAGCGUCGAACCGCACAUUUCGGUCGAGAGUCUGAAGAAGAUCAUCGCCAAGAAGCUGAAGGUGGUCAAGGAUCGCAUCCGCCUGCUGCACCGCGAAAAGGAACUACAGGAUGGAACGCUCAGAGAUCACAACCUAAUGGACGGGUCCAAAAUCAUUUUGAUACCAAACGUGGAAACUGGUUUAUUGAUCAGUGGGUUUUAUUUCAACACAGGUUGUUAUUCAUAGAGGUAUAACAAUAUUUGAUUC